AUGCCGAUCACGGCCCUUCCCCAGACCACUGUUCGAGCAAUUGGCUCAACUUCUGUCAUUUCAGACCCCUGCUCCAUUGUCAAGGAGUUGCUGGAGAAUUCACUUGACGCACACGCCACUGCAAUAUUUAUAGAAAUCUCCCAGAACACAGUCGAUGUGAUCCAGGUGAAGGACAAUGGACAUGGAAUUCCAUCCGAAGAUCAUCCGUUUGUCUGUAGACGUGCCUUCACUAGCAAGAUCGCGACAGUCGAGGAUCUGAGGAAACUCGGCGGAAAAUCGCUAGGCUUCAGAGGUGAAGCGUUAGCAAGUGCUGCCGAAGUUUGCGGAGGAGUGACGGUUACCACCAGAGUUGAAGCGGACCCAGUUGGCUUCUGCAUUAAAUAUGGGAGAAAUGGGGAGCUCAUCAGUACUCAACGUGCCUCGCACUCAGUCGGUACAACGGUGCGAGUAACGGACCUCUUCAAGAACAUACCAGUCCGCAGGCAAACAGUAUUGAAAAGCGCCGCAAAGACAAUAGCCAAGAUUAAAAAAAUCAUACAGUCAUAUGCUAUCGCUCAACCCACUAUUAGGCUCUCCCUGAAGGUUCUUAAAGCUGCUGGCGAAAAGGCCAACUGGGUCUACGCCCCUGGAAAAAAUGCCUCGCUUAUGGACGCAGCACUCAAAGUUGCUGGCACUGAGGCCGCUUCCGCUUGCGUAACCAAGCAAUGGCCGUGUGGAAGCGAGUCAGACGAGGAGUCUGGGAGUGGUAAUGACUCCUCUUUUCAGUUGAUGGCCCUACUUGCGGAUCCUGGAUCAGAUUUCUCAAAAGUGAACAAUGCGGGACAGUUUUUCAGUGUGGACGGUAGACCUCUCUCAGCAUCUCGAGGCAUUGGACAGGAGAUCUCAAAACUGUACAAGACCUAUCUACGAGCAGCUGCUUCGCGUAGCGGCGGUUUGCCGAACAUAUCAGAUCCAUUCCUUUGCUUGCAGAUCCGCUGCCCGGAAGCCUGCUACGACGUGAAUGUUGAACCGGCUAAGGACGAUGUUUUAUUCGAGAACCAGCGAGACCUUCUCUCGCUUGCAGAAGAACUCUUCAAGGACGUUUACGGUGAAACCCCUGAUGGGGAUGAGAAACACAAAAGCUCCUCCAAAGGGAAAGAAAGGAUGGCAAAUAAUGAUGCCUUCGAACUACUUUUAGCUCGUAAAGACAGCACUGAAUGUUCUGUCGAAACCGUGAAUGAGGGUAACAAGCCACCAAGCUUUGUCACGGCUAGCUCGCUUUUUCACAUGAGGAGCAGCCCGAAGAAUGGCCGACACGAACAGCGAUUAUUCUCCGAUGGAAGUCCAGGUGCGUCUGGUCAUACAGGAACUAGAGAUUUAGAGGGCCUCAAUCCAUGGUCAGUGACACGACUGUAUGUCCCUUCUGGAGCUCCGUGCCAUAAAACUCCGUCGAGGGGGCCAGCAGGAUCCGCAGGGCUGCCUCCUGUCGCGCAGGAACAGGAUUCCAUGUCUACGACCCAUGCAUCUCCGUUGCGCUCUGUCAGUUCUGCUUCGCCGAGUGCAUCUACACGUAACUCGAAUCGACUGUCGCACUCUCCAGCCGAGUCUCGCUCUUCUGCUUCGGUCUCCGACCUGACACAAACUUCUCCAAUCACGCCAUUACACGGUCCCUCUGUACGAUCAAGAGCUUCGAGGCAGCGCGACAAAGAGCGUUACGGUAAUGGUGCUCUCGAUACAUGGUUUGUGAAGACCACACAAGCAUCAGCCCGUCAAGACCCGGUUGAGCAGUGUCCAGAAAACGAACAUGAUGAGCCUCCGUUGUCACAGCUAACGCAGGACCGAUUCGCACAACGUGAACGUCCGCCGGUCACUUCAGACACAACGACCCCUCGGGGUUUCGUUGUGGCAGCAGGAAGCCCAGAACCAUCUGAGGAGGAGACGAGCACGGUCGAAUCGUCAGUCGUCAGCCGGAGUCGUGCCUCAGAGCCUGCAUCGAGACGGCUUGACCAAUGGUCUGUAAAUCUGCACAGACUGGCGAAUGCUGACCAUAACCCCGAAUUGGAAAGAGCACUUGACUUUGAGAAGCGCAAGAGAGAAGCGAUCACAAGACUCCGCGAGCUGAGAAAGAAUGCGUCCGCCGCAAAUUCACCUCAUGUGAGCAGAUAUCUUGCUGCCAAAGCCGCUUUGCAGCCCGGUGUCAAUAACAGCAAUGCCGAGCCAGCGCCAUCGAUGUCUGAAACUGACAACCCAAGUCCUCGUCUAAACCCGCAUGAUCCGAGGUCUUAUCUCAUGCGCAAUAAAAGCUCCCAUGAUCAAAGGAGGCUUGCUUCAGAUCCGGCCAAAAUCCGACGAAUUCAAACAAACAAGUUGCCAUUCGAGAAGAUACCUGACGGGUGGGAAUUGCAUGAUUUAUGCCUGGUGCAGCCUGCAGACAUCCCUCUGAUCUCCAAGACCCUUCGCAAUCUAUAUGAACAUGAUCUAUAUAUACGAGAGGGCGAUAUUUUUGCAGGGUUUACUGCCGCGGAUCUGCAAUCCUUAACCUUAUGGGAGAGCCAAUCGUCCUCGCUAGUCAAGCAAAAGUUUCGAACCACACAAGGUUCAAACAUCCCUACGAUUCAGAUGAACUUCUCCGAUCUACAUCAGCAUCUGGGUGAUUUUGACAUGGGUAGCUCAUCUGCAUCUACUUGA